AGGACUAUGUGAGAGGGGGGUGAGUUCUUUUCAUCUCAAGAGCCCGGCCACUCAGCCCCGGGCCCGGACCCAACAAUGGCUGGGCCAGGCGGUAACUUUGCUUACAUCGACAGGAAGGUGGCGCARAUUCCGUCCAAGUAUGACGGAAAGGACGACGUCGAGUCUUGGAUCAGCUCUAUGCAGUCCUACUUUGAUGUAUUGGGGACACCCCCGUCCACUCAGUCAUCUAUCCUGGGGACCAAUGUGGAGCCCGUCGUGCGGGGUUUCCUAGAAACCCAAGCUGUCCAAUCAGGCUAUAAGAGAAUAGACUUGAACAAAUGGCUGAAGGCUACGCCUACUACCACACUUGAGGAUCUCUUGAUCAAGCAAUAUGCUGAUCCACAUGCUGCAGCUAAAGCAAGACUCAAGCUUGACAAGCUCAAGCACAACAAGUGGACCGACACCAUGCACAGUCUGCAGCAGUAUGUCAGUAAACUCUUUGCUACUCCGGAUCUGGAGAUGACUGCGCAAUCUUGCUUGGAUGUGAUAAAAGGUAUGCGCACUACCUUUGACGUUGAUCGCACAAUCACGCAUGAAUUGAACUUCUAUGUCCUUGAGCAGUGUCCCUUCGACGCGGUUAUUGGCUUGGGCUGGUUGCAGGCCCAAUGUGAAAGAACCACGUGGAAGGACUCACAAUUCAUGGUCAAAGAUGCCAUGGGGAUCGAGCGUCCCGUCCUCUUGGAUGAGCCGCCCGAGUCCCAAGUGACCUUUCUCAAUGCAAUGCAAUUCUGCAAAAAGUGGCGCAGGCGCAAAACUGAUGAGCAAUUGUAUAUAGCCUUUGUUAGGCCUGCUCAUGUGCCUUCUAUUUUUGCUGUACAUAGUAAUGCUACUCUGCAUGCUGUGUCCACCUCGGAUGCAAGUACUUCUACCUCUACUAAGUCCAUCUCUAGUCCAAAUGACUCUACUUCUAAUCCUGUUGUUUUUGGUGCACCUGUACAAACUAACAUGCUUGCUCCUGACAGUGAUAAUCCCCCUCCGGAAAUCCCACCGGAAACUCGUAACCUUCUCAACCGAUUUCCUGACGUCUUGGCCGAACCACAUGGAGUCCCCGUGCGUCCGGUCCGACACAGGAUCGAGUUGAUUGAAGGUAGCACUCCUCCAAAGGGUUGUGUCUAUCGAAUGGGCUCAGGCGAAUUGGAGGAGUUGCGAAGGCAGAUUGAUGAAAUGAUUGGGAAGGGAUGGAUCAAGCCGAGUGAGUCGGAGUUUGGUGCACCGGUGCUGUUUGUCCCUAAGAAAGGAGGUAAGUUGCGGAUGUAUAUUGACUAUCGCGGGUUGAAUCGGAUCACGAGAAAGAAUGCAUAUCCUUUGCCACGUAUCGAUGAUUUGCUUGAUGCUGCGGGUGGGUGCAAAGUCUUCAGCAAGAUCGAUCUCAAGUCUGGCUACCACCAGAUCGAAGUCGAUCCUGCGGACCAGCACAAAACCGCAUUCAAAACUCGCGAUGGGCUGUACGAGUUUACCGUCAUGCCCUUCGGUCUCACGAAUGCGCCAGCCACCUUUCAAAGUCUCAUGGACAAAGUGUUCCGCCAUCAGAUUAACCGGUUUGUUGUUGUUUAUCUGGAUGACAUACUGAUCUUCAGCAAAUCGAUGGAGGAGCACAUGAGACACCUUGAGGAAGUGAUGCAAAUCCUCAAGGACGCGCAGCUCCAUCUCAACUUGGAGAAAUCUGAGUUUGGGAGGGACAGCGUCAUAUACCUUGGACAUCGGUUGUCUGCUGCAGGCCUAGAGCCCGAGGCAACCAAGGUUGAGGUAAUCCAAAAGUGGCCCCAACCUGCGAAUGUCCGCGAGUUGCGUUCUUUUCUUGGUCUUGCGUCGUACUACCGUAAGUUUGUCCCUAAAUUUUCUAUCAUUGUCUGUCCAUUGUCUAGACUAACAAGCAAGAAUGUGUCCUACGCAUGGAAUGAAGAAUGCACGACAGCCUUUGAAGCAUUGAAAGAGGCUUUGGUGAGUCAUCCGGUGCUCCGCAUUGCAGAUCCCAAGCUUACAUUCGUAGUAACUACGGAUGCGAGUUUGUAUGGGAUUGGUGCAGUGCUGCAGCAAGAUGAUGGUGAUGGUUUACGUCCGCUGGAAUACUACAGCAAACGCAUGCCCAGCCACAAGGUAGCUGUCUCCACUUACAUGAGAGAGCUCUAUGCCUUGAGAGAGGCACUAGACCAUUGGAAACACUACCUCUUGGGUCGCCAUUUCAAAGUGUUCUCCGAUCAUGAGACUUUGAAGUGGAUUCAGACACAGAUAAACCCAUCAACUACGCUGACCCGCUGGCUGCAUGAGAUUGAUGUGUAUGAUUUUGAACUAAAACACAAGAAAGGCUGUUAUAAUCGUGUUGCGGAUGCUUUGUCUCGCCACCCUAAGUACAUGACUUGCCUAGUGGGUUCCUACGAUCUUCGCAAGGACUUACAAAAGGAACUCAUUGAGCACACUGCCAAGGAUCCGGAACUCAGUCUCAUCCUUCAGCAGAUUCGGGUUGACCCUAGUAGUCAGCCUGAUUUCCAUGAAUGUAAGGGCCUUCUCUUCCGAUGCUACARUAAGCAUGACCGGUUGUGUGUACCCAACCAUGAGCCAAUCAUCACUCACUUCUUGGAUUUGGCUCAUGGCCGGAGUGGACACUUCGGUGUUGAGAAGACAUACGGGAUUCUGUUGGAAAGGUUUGUGUGGCCUGGAAUGAAAAGAAUGACACAAAGAUUUGUGGCUGAGUGUGAAGUUUGUCAGCGCAUUAAACCGUCUCGGCAGAAGCCCUAUGGCCUGCUGCACCAUCUUCCUAUCCCUGAUGGCCCGGGUGAGUCUGUUUCCAUUGACUUCAUAAACAUGGGGAAGAAGAGCAGAAACGGUUAUUCGCAAGUGAUGGUGAUCGUUGAUCGGUUUUCGAAAUUUCUAAAUCUGAUUCCCUUGCCACCUCACGCCCCAACUGACCUUGUGAUCGAUGAGUUCAACAAAAGGUACGUGCUACAUUAUGGCCCCCCGAAAACUCUCGUGAGUGAUCGAGACACCAGGUUCAUAAGCGCAGAUUGGAAAUAUUUCACCUCCCAGACCUAUGACAUGAAACUCAAGAUGACGUCUGGGCGACACCCCGAAGCCAAUGGACUGGCGGAGGAAAUCAACCAGACCGUGAUCCAGCUUCUCAGGGCUCUAAUUGUACCUGAUCAGAACUCUUGGGAUGAGGAGUUGCCGAUUGUGCAGGGGUUGUACAACAACUCCAUCCACUCCUCCACCGGGAUGACUCCUAACCGACUGCAUCUUGGAUGGAAAAUCCGCAAUCCUCUAUCUUAUCUGUUUCCGGAUCAGCCACCUGGCCUAACACCUGGCCAGCCAGGCUACAGCGCCAAGUUCGAUCGCCUACUCAAAGUUGUUGUCGCAACUAUGGAGAGGCGACGCAGGGCCAUGAUUAAACAUGCUAACAAGAAGCGCCAGCCUGCACCAUUCACAGUGGGAAGUUAUGUCUGGGUCAAAAUGUAUGAGUUUUCUAAAAAAGAAGGUGUCUCACGAAAGCUUCUUCCUCAGUACUACGGUGUUGGGAGAUAACCCGGGGAGGGGCUACCUACUAUUCGCUGAAGCCAUGGGCUACGACGCCUGUCACUUCGCCGCGCCCGCUUCCGAGGUCCUCGGCGACCAGUAGGGUUUGUCUCUCGUGUGCCCUGUCGCGCACCUUGUUAGUCGGCAGGUGAUUAGAGAAGGUUGCGUAGGACAAUUGUUUUUACAAUAAAGCGGAUAAAUCAACGAAAUUGUUAAGC